GGAAUAUAGUGGAGGAGAAUUUGGAUUUAUACUUGAAAAUAUUUGUAUAGAACUGUCAAACUGUAAUAUAAAAAUGGAGACUUUUGAAGACCCAGUGCCACUUGCAUACCCUUUUACCGUUUUACACCGAGAACUGAGAAAAGUUGCUGGUUCCAGUCUUGUCAUUUAGCACUUAGCGCAGAAGAGAGAGAAAGAGAGAAACAUCCCCAGCCAUUUACAAUGAACCAAAUAGUUAGAGAGGUUUAGGGUUUUUGGGGUAUGGGCGCUUAGUAAACAGCAAUAGAAAAAGGAAAGUUUUUUAUAGUGAAUUUGGUUUCAACUUAUUUUCUAUAAUAGUUUUUCUUUUCCUUUAUCAUGUAAACAAUUUGUCUGCUUUGCUUUGCUUUUUUUUUUUUUUAAAUUUAAAAUUUCCCAUUUUCCAAGCUUCCCUCUACACUAACUAGAGACUAGAGUAUAGCGCAUAAUAUACUGUAUAUUGUACAAACACGAAAACAUGACACACACUCUCCGCUCUUUUAAUGAGGCCAGCCCCUCUCUCUCUCUCUCUCUCUCUCUCUCUCUCCUGUUCUUUCAUUGGAAACAGUAACACUACGCCAGUAGCAUCAGUUGCCAGGCGCCGUUCCUCUCUCUCUCUCUAGUCUACCACUAACUAUCUUCAUAUACCCUGACCAAACUCUCCCUGUCUUUCUCAUCACAAUUCAAACUCGAAAAGAGAAGGAAAACAUGCUGGUUUCGUCAAAUACGCCACCUUACUGGCUUCAAGUUCUUUUAACAGAAAAGUUCUUCAACGCUUGUAUAAUUCAUGAAGAAGCAAAGAAGAACGAAAAGAACAUAUUUUGCUUGGACUGUUGCAUCAGUAUUUGCCCUCACUGCUUGUCUCCUCAUAACUCUCACCGACUCUUGCAGAUAAGAAGAUAUGUAUAUCAUGAUGUUAUAAGGCUGGGUGACGCACAAAAGUUGUUCGACUGUGCUUUUGUUCAAUCUUACACUACUAACAGUGCAAAAGUAGUUUUUAUAAACCCAAGGCCACAAACAAGGCAAUUCAGAGGCUCCGGCAACAUCUGCAACACUUGCGAGAGGAGCUUACAAGACCCAUAUCUAUUUUGUUCUCUUUCUUGCAAGAUUGAUCAUCUGAUUAGAACAAAAGGUGCAAGUGGGCUUUCAAAUUUUCUCUUUGAGUGCAAGUUCUUGUUUUUAUCCGAACCGGGUUCUUCAGAUGAUGGUUUGAUGACUCCGGACUCAGUUCUUGAACCGGCCGCUUCAACUCGGACAUCUUCUAGUUCAGGUGGGUGUGGUGAAGUUGGGUGCAGGACUCUUGCUUGCACUGCUACAACUGAGAUUGUGAGAAAGAAAAGAAGCAGCUUGUCGGCUUGCAGGCCGAUAUUUCCACGCAUAUCCGAAAUAUCGGCUAGUUUGAUGAACCGGAGAAAGAAGACCCCGAACCGGGCUCCGCUUUAUUAAUUACGGCGAACUGCAACGGGGAAGAGAGCGGCGGCGGUGGGGGAGGCAGGGGUAGAAUUGGUAAUUUGAAUGUUAAUAGAAGGGUAAUUUGGGAAGAAAGGCCAAAUCUCCCAAUUUUGUCGAUGACAUUCUCUCUCUAUCACACAGCAAGUCUCUCAAUAUUAGUGGGUUUGGGUCUGGCAAAUCAAAUUAUUAUUCAAUGGCUAUCUUUUUGGCCCCUUCUUUUACAGAGUUACAGUAAGUAAUAGUGACAAGAGGACCCUGUUUUUUUUU